GAGAAAAGCAAGCCUGGCUGAGGGGGGGAGAGAGAGAGAGAGAGAGAGAGAGAGAGAGAAGAAAGCAAUAAAGAGAAGAAAAAUCAUUCAACUGUCAGUUUUCGCCCUCCGAUGAAUCUCGAGGGCGAAGCGGGUAACGAAAAGCAAAUGGAAAGGCCGGUGACUCGUUGGCGCCGCGAGACGCUCGACAAGACCUUAAAAAAAAAGAUCGAAAGUAAUGAAAUCGAAAGACCAACCUCUAGAAGAGGAAUCAAAGAGGAGAUCGAAGAGUACGGUAGUAGCUUUCGAUCCGCGACUCCUGCGGCUAGAAAUGCGCCAUUGGCCGUUAGGACACCUUCGGCUUCUAUUUCGGGUUUGUCUCGUUUGAAUACGGGACUAUCGAUGUCCGGUCUGGAAAGACCCAUUACCCAGCACGGAAUUGCCUCUAUCCGUCCUGGUACUGCUGGCAGAGGCACGUCGAUGACGAGACAAGUUCAGGACAAAAGAUAUUACGAGGGACUCGUACAAUUAAAAAUGCGAGAAUUGUCGCAAGAGAUGGCGACUAUCGUACGGGACAUCGACAUGCAGAACAAGGAAAGGGCCACUAUAUUGCAUUACGAUAAAAGGGCGAAGGAUUUGGCAGGGGAAUUAACGGCGUUACAGGGAGAACUCGCCGAUUAUAAUAUCGUCGUCGAUAAAAUGAGCUCGAACAUUGAAAAGGAAUCGAUGGACCAAGAGACGAAAGAACUGUUAUCGAGAAACGAACGGUCCAUGGCCGAGAUAGAGGAUAUGUUCGAGCGUAGGCAAGAAAUGGAGCAACGAUUGCGUAGAACGGAAAAGGAAAUGGGAACGGUGAGGGAACGUACGGAAAAAUUGAUCGACAUGAUGGAUCCAGGUACGAGAGAAAGGUACGAGAUAUUGCGGAAGGAAAAGGUUAAGGUCGAGAAAACGAUCGCCCUUAUGCAGGAGGAACUGGAGGUGUUGUCGAAGGAACAGGACCACUUCGAGGAACAAAUGGCGUUGUCCCCGUUUAAACAGGAGGCCGUUAAGUUACACGUUAAAAUUAUGGACGGCGAAUAUAAGAGGGAUAAACUGAGGGAGGAAGAGGGCAACAGAUUGCCGCCUGAAAAAGAAAGGGAGGAAUUAUUGGUGAAGAUAAAACAGGACAAUAUGGAGAUGGCGGCCGCGGAGGCCCAACUCGCGGGUAAAAAGAAACGUCUGGCCGAGGUGGAGGUGGAAUUGGAACGAUUGGAGACAGAUUUGGAGGAUGGCAAUGCCGAUAAACAAACGAAAUAUAAAGAGUUACGAAAGCGUGAGGAAGUUAUGGAGCAAUUCGCUGCCACCUUCGACGACAAUAAAGCCGAAGAAAUGGAAAGGAUAAGGAAAUUGGAGAUAUCGAUAGUCGAGUAUUUGGAAAGAAUAUCGAACGGCGGCGGUGACGCGGAUGGGCAUAACUUAACGAGGAACGAGGAGGUUUUAUUGAUUCUAAAUAAGUCCAAGCACGAGGAUUAUUACGAGACCGGCGAGCGUACUACGGCAAAUAAUAUUAAUAAUAAUCGAAGUUUCGAAGUGUUAAGAAACGAUUAUAUCGAUUUAAAAGAGACAUUGCGCAAAUUGGAAAUAUUGGAGGAUAAAUUGAGAUUAGAAAUAGGCGAUAUUAAUGAACAAACGCACGGCAGGGAAUAUGAAUUAAUUCAGUUGGAAGAUUUCAAUGGUUUCAAAGUGAAAGAUCAAAUGAAACGCGAGGAUGCGAAUGUCGAGCAUAAAAGGUUGAUGGACGAGCGAACGAUCGGCGAGGUAGAAUUGAAAACUGUCAAUGAUGAUUAUAAACGAAUCAAGGAGCGUUUCAACGAUAAUAGAAUUUUUCUCGAGAUUGAGGCGCUUGAAAAGAAAUUAAUCGAUCUAAGGGAAGAAAAUAAAAAGAGCAAUGAUUUAAUCGUACGACAAAAGGAACAAGUUGAUUAUUUACCGCGUAAACAGCAAGCCUUGAAAUUGAUGAAAGAAUACGGUACGAUACUCGAAGAAAAUUCCAAAACUCUUUAUUGAAUGAACUCUCUUAGCUCUCUUACCAUUUUUCUUAUCUUCAUUCGAAGAUUAUUCAAAUAGGGCUCAAUGGCGUGUUAAAUAAUUACAUUUCAUAAUCGUUCUUUCCUCGUUUUAUUGGGCCGCGCGGAACUUACUUAUAUACUUUUUAGUCGGCCUUAUCGAUUCCCUUUCCAUUUCUCUGAGUAAUCGGUCAGCUCCCUCGCUAUCAUUAUUUUGAUCUGUCGAUGAUUUUGGAAUAAGUGUAUCUUAAAUGUACUCUUAAAGCAUAUAUAUAUAUAUAUAUAUAUAUAUAAGUAUAUGAUAAGUACAUACCAUAGAUCGAAAGUAUGUAAUCGCACAAAAGAUUUACAUUUAUGUUCUUGGUAUACUUGAUGACUUCGAAUAUAGUUAACGAUAUAUUCAGCUUACUGUCGUUAUCGUAAUUGCGAAUAUCGUUAAUCAAUAGUUUCAUUUGCACGUCUCGCAUCUGAGGGAAGAAAAAGAUAAAUAACACAAUGUGACAUAUAAUAUAAUAUUGUAUAAAUGAUGAAAAACAAAAUAGACCUGAAAUAUCUCCCGUAAUUGUUCGAUUUCACCGAGUUCCGCCAAUGCCAGGAUCAACUUUACCACAGCCACUGGCUCUCCGUGAAUAUCUCUUAUACUGUUUAAAACCUUCUUCAACUUAUUCUUAAUAUCCGGUAUCGACGAAUCACCCAUAUGCCUAACCAAUAUUCCUAAUAAUAUUUGUUUCGCCGGGGUUUGCUUAUAUUUCUUCGCACACCGUAGAAAACUAUCCACGGCAGAUUCUAUGUCGUUUCUCUCAAUAUGACUUUUUACCAAUGGAUUGAGUAAACUAUUCUCCAAUUUACAAUAAUUAUUCUUAACGAGAGUUAUUAACAUUUUUUCGGCAUCGCCAUGACGCUCGCCAUUCGUUAUCGCAGACAACAAUCGCAAACAUUUGCCAGUAACAUUCAUAGAAGCAUUAAUAUUUUUAAUAUCGUUUAUCGCAUUGAAUGCAUCGUCCAAUCUAUUGUUUUUCACCAAACAAAUAGCAUACGAUAAUAUUUUAUUAUUAUCUAACAUGAAAUGAUUGAAAUUAUUUCGAAUUUCAUUUAACUCAACUUCGGCUUUAUCCAAUAGAUUAUUUUUUACAUACAAAUCAAAUAACAUCGCUCUCAUUCCUGGUGUCCAAUCGAUAUUAUUAGAAAUAAUUUCUUCCUUUAUACCCUCGGCACCCUUUAAAUCGUUACAUUUACAAUAUCGUUCGAGUAAUUUCUUAAUCGCUCCACGAGUUUUCAGAUUUUUAGAUUUAAGUUCUAUAAUAUGAUUACGCAGUUCCUCGGUGUCCAUCUUAUUUGGAUGCGGAUUCAAUGAUAAUAUCAAAUCUGACGAGUCACCUUUCACACUCAUAUCUAUUUCCUUGUAGUCCAUGUCUUUCAAUAAAUCCUCGAUAGCUUUCCAUUCGUCCAUCUCCGAUAAAUUUAUCUCAACAAUGCGUUUCUUCAUGACUUCGAUCUCUCCCCUUGGCAAUAUUAC